ACAGGCAGUUCCUGCUGGCAGUUUACAUUUCAGUUCCAUCUGUUCUUGCUCACAUAAUAAUGUUAGCUUCAGCCUUGAUUAUAGUUCGCAGACGUACAAGUCCUAAAAGUGUUCCGGAUAUCAUGGAGGAAAGAAGUUCGGCUUUUGCAAAUCAGAUUAAUACCGACUCCACCACCGGGUCUGAAAUUGCAGUUUACGAACGCGGCGGUCUGAAUUCAUCUGAAUAUCAAUAUGCUGAUAUCACUUUAGACAACGCACAGCCAAAAGAUCUUGGGAAUUGUUACGGCACUAAAAAAGCAGACAACCCAGGGCAAAAUAACAUGCCGGAAAACAUGAAAGCCUACAGUCAUUUAGAGAUUAAGCCGAAUAUAUUCAAGGACACCACUUAUUCACACAUAUCAGAAACCAGUCGAGGGAAACUCAAUUCAGAAUCAAGCAGUUCUGCCUACUCACAAGUUUCCAGAGUCAAUGUUUCAAAGCAAAUAAAUAAAAUGACCGAGGAGCCUGACGACGAAUAUGACAAGCUGCAAAACACUAAGCGGAAAACCAUAUCAGAAAAGAACGUUCAAGAGAAUAAUGGAGACUCAAAGUAUGAUCAUGUGGUCGCAGGUGCAAGUAAUGGCAAGAAGAACAAUCAUUAAGGGGAUGGUUAUUCUCAUUUGAAUGGCAUGUUAUCUGAUGAGAAUGUUCCAGUUUCAAUGCAUUCAUAUGCAAGUAAUUAGACCCCUGCUGGAAAUUAAUUAUGGAUUUUUUGAGAUGCAAUAUCAACAGAAGUGUGAAGAAGCUGUUGACGUAACUAUACAUAAGUUUUAGACUGGAACCGUUUCAGACAAAAUAAUAUUCAAAUAUAAGACCAUGAACAAAAUUUUAAGAUAUGCAUCACAAUAAGUAAGACACGGGCUGCAGGAUAGACAAUUAAGCCAAAUAUAUGCAAAAUCAUUAUUUUACGCGCGUGAAAUGACGUUAUCCGAUCCAGGUGCGUAGCACGGUCGUAAAUAAUAGUUACCAUUUUUCUAACACUAUUAAUACUAGUAUGCCGUGUUAUAAUCGAAAUAACAAGUUUCCAAGUGUGAUUUUAUCGUAGAAUAACCCGACUUUUUCGUUUUUAUGCGAAACAAUAUAUAACUCAAACCUACAGCCUUCGUGAUAUAUACUUACGCCUAAGAACUCAAAACACGGCUUAUUCUACGAUAAAUCACACUUGGGAACUUAUUUGUUCUUAUAUGAAAUACAAUAAACAAAUAACAUAUAGAGUAAAAGGUUGACUAUGUAUAAUAGAUAUUCUCUGCUGAUUUCAUACCAAGGAAAGUAGCUUGAAAAACACUUAUUUCGAAUGGGCUGCUUAAUGACAUUUGUGAAUGAAGACGAGGUUGUGUAUGAAAUGCUAAAGAUACAUUUGGGCCUAUUUUGCCAUCAGUUUGCGGGAAUGGGAGGUGAUGUAGAGAUGCCUUUGUUUAUAUCUCUGUCUGUCCUUACUUUUGGCCGUCAAGGAAAAUGAGUGUGACACAUAUCACCAAAAGUAUCUAAUCAACAGUCAUUACACUUUAUUGGGAGUAUUUUUUUCUAUGUGACAAAUUGUUCACGUGAGCCGUCGUCGUCCGUCGUAAAGAGUUCCAACUUUUAUACUGUAGAGGUCAAAAUUCUGAACCAGUCGUAAUGCGACUUAGUCAGGAUGUUUCUAGAGUGUUUGGGGUUGUGUGUGCGUCCAGUAAAUCUACCUUUACCUUUUAUUCUUUUAUCAGUCAGGAUGUUUGUUUUAUUAACAUAAUGUCGGAUGAAUUGUAAACCGUUUAAAGAACAAGACCACACUAAUAACUUUUAACACUCAAGACCCCGUAUUGUUUACUAGAUCUACGAGAAAUCUGGUUAGAAUGUUUGUCUUUAUGAAAUCAAGGGCAAGUUUGCAACUGGGUGACUUGUGUCAAAAAAUAUGUCACUUGGUAAUGUCAAAGUAAAACGUUGUUAACAUUCUAGAUGUUUUUUUUUUCUACUAAAUCUACAUAACUUCUGAAACUAGAUUUCCUGGAACCGGAAACUAUGCCACUAAAUAGCUAGGUCUGGAAUCAGAAACUAUGCCACUAGGUCAAACCACCUGAAAACCAAACCUUUCAAUACUCUAGAGGACAUAGUUUCAAGCUGAUUUAUAUGAAACCGAUCUAAUGAAUCUAAAAUAAGAUUUGUCAGGUUUUUGUUAUAGAAUUCAAGUUAAUCUUGUAUCCCAAUUUAAAGUUUGUUUUUAAAUCUUGUAAAGACAAAUAUAAUCACCUUGUUUCAUACUUAUAGAAAGUGUUAAGAAGGCUUUUCUAUCAUUUUACAAAGUAACAUAGCUUUUGACACAAGCUGACUAAGUUUAAAACUUGAUCUAGUUUUGAAUAAGACAAACAGUAUAACUAUGUUUUAAAUGGACUACACAUGUGAGCUCUAAAGUGUUGAUAGUUAAAUCGUGAAGGCUGGACGUCGAUGGACGAAGACUGACGACGGAUACAAUGCUAUUGAAAUAGCUCACACUGAGCAUUUAUUUUCAAGUCAACU